UACUUUUUCAUUCCUUCAGCGUAUCUGUAUCUUGUCGCUUGUAGCCCGCUUGCACGGUGUUCGGUAUUCGGUCAGUGCGCGUUUUUUAGGCUCUGUUUAUUUCAUUUGCUCAACACUCAACUUCGACAUACACAUACAGUUACAGUAAUACAUACACGGUAGUGAUUUGGCGGGCUUGUGUGCGUGCGAAUGGGGGCCUACAACAAAACAUAAAAAAGAAUUGAAGUGCGAUAUAAAAGCACAAAACAAAACGCAGUGUAAUAAAAAAAUAUCAAACAACUAAAAACAAAACAAAAGAAAUUGCAAUUUUAGUAUUAAUAAACGCUUUUAGGAGAAACAACAAAAAAGCGUUUGGAAAAUUCUACACAAAACGUAGCUGGAAAAAGAUUUCAUUGUAAAAAAUUGUGUUUCGUUUCUUGCUUGCGUGCGCGCGUAUGUGGUUGUGUGUGCGUGUGUGUUUUUUUUUGUGAGAGCGUGAAGCACAACACAAAAAGGAAAGCAGAAGCAGCAGAAAUACAAAAAAAAUGUGCGCCAGGCAAAUUAACCAGCAACAGCAGAUGAUGUAAACUUUUUGUUGUUGUAAAGUUGGUGAAAAAGUUAUCGAAAAAGAAACGAUACGAAAUAAGUGAAGAAAAAACAAACAACAAAACACAACAAACUAGCAACGCUUUAUUGAGAGUGUGAGAGUGAGUGCAUUUGUGAGAGCUUUUUAAGAUGCCGGAAACGGAGUACGAGUUCUGCAGCAAGGAGUGGCUCCAAUCGGAGCUGAAAGCCAGCCGCGACGCAGCCAAAAAGCUGAUCAUACUCGACUGUCGCGGCUCUCAGGAGUACAGCGAUUCGCAUAUCCGAAGCGCCGUUAACUUUAGCAUACCCAGCAUAAUGUUGCGUCGCCUAGCCGCUGGCAAGAUCGACUUACCAUCCACAAUCAAGUCGCAGGAGCUCAAGGAGCGCAUACAGGCGGGCUACAAACUCAGCCCGUUCAUACUCUACAACGAUGUGGGCGUGCCCCCACAGCAACAACAGCAUCAGCAGCAGCAAUCACCUCAAGAUGUGGCUGGAGCUUUCGAAAUGUAUGGAACUGGCAACGAUGCCACGAUCAACGUGCUCUAUCGCCGGCUCAAGCAGGACGGAUGUCGCGUGCUCUCGCUGCAAGAUGGCUUCUCCAGUUUUCGCCAAAGCUUUCCGGAGUGGUGUGAGGAUGAUAACCAGGCGCACAACAAAGAAAUGGAAUCUAGUCGCAAUGCACAGGCCGAUCAGUUAAUGGGUCUUAAGUCGCUACGCAUUUCCACGCCACAUUCCGAUUCGGCGUGCAGCAGUUCCGCCGAGUCCUCGGACUGCGAGAGCACCUCACAUCAUCAUCACCAUCACCAUCAUAAUUUCAAUGAGGCGCCCGUUGAGAUAGUGCCCGGCCUGUUUCUGGGCAAUUCCACGCACAGCAGCGACUUGAAUGCUUUGCAAAAGUACAACAUUAAGUACGUGCUGAAUGUGACACCCGAUUUGCCGAAUGAGUUUGAGAAAUUGGGCAUUAUUAAAUAUCUGCAAAUACCCAUUACCGAUCAUUAUUCCCAGGAUCUGGCGAUGCAUUUUCCAGCUGCCAUACACUUUAUAGAGGAGGCGCGCUCUGCUAAUUCGGCGGUGCUGGUCCACUGCCUGGCAGGUGUCUCGCGCUCCGUAACGGUGACGUUGGCCUAUUUGAUGCACACACGGGCGCUCAGCCUGAAUGAUGCCUUCAUGCUGGUGCGUGCUCGCAAAUCGGACGUCUCGCCCAAUUUCCAUUUCAUGCAGCAGCUGCAAUCCUUUGAGAGCCAGCUCCGUUUGAGUCCCUGCGAUGGGCAGGCCAUGGAUGAGGGCAACAGCGUUAAUAUCAUUGGAAACACAGCUGGCUGCUCCUCGGCCACUAUGCUCUCUGGCAAUCCCAGCCUGGUUGCGCGCUGCGGUCGUGGCUCGAAAUUCUCAUGCAAUUGCAUUGCCCCCGACUGCAAGUGCAUGCAAACGGGCGGGUUUAUGGCCGCGCAUCUGGCCAAAGCAACUGGCGUCUCACCCGAUUCGGGCAUUGAGUUUGAUCGCUGGACGCCAUCGUCGGAUACGGGUCUUAAAUGAGACCAGUGUAUGGGAAAGAGUUUUGUGCUGCCCCCCAGUCAAAGUCAGGAAUCAACAACAACAGCAGCAAUGGCAACAGCAACAGCAACCAGUUCGCCGCCGCCGAUGGGGCUGGCAUGCAGCAAUGCUGACAACAUGUCACCGGCCAGCACCACCAGCUCAUCCACUUCCACAACGACCACGGCCGAGGCUGUCUCAGUGGUGGAGCUGGUGCCAGCCAACGCGGUGGAUGCGGCAAGUGAGGAGCCGUAAUAGCUGGGAACUAUGCAGAAGACAAAACUCCUUUUCCUACUUUGGUUGUCGAAUACACACACAGACAAAACAAGCACACACACAUACAUAUACAUUUAUA